AUAAAAAGUCAAAGUUUUCAUGAUCAUAUCAAAUACAAAUAUGUUAAUACGGAAUGCUCUAACGAUUUUUCAAGGACAUAUUUUUUGCGAACAUAUUUCACCGUGGAAUAUUUAAAAUUAUCGGGGAAUAUGAAUAUUAUUGCAUUGAUUCAAUUACAUCGAAUAGUCGUGCAUGGAUUCGCUAAGUAUAUUAAUGUACUAUCGUUUAGUUCCAGUUUCAUCAAUUUCUAUAUACUAAUAAGUGAGAUAUUGGAAAAAACAAUUUGGUGCACAUCGAAUUCACGUUCAUUUUCACCGAGGGUGUAAAUAGGCCUUAAGUAUUGAAAUUGCCUUUAAAUCGCAUUCGCAAAUUGCAUUUCCUAGGGGCACAGGCGAGUUGAGUCAAACGUCAAACUUUUUAAAUCGCCUGACCAUGCUCGUCCGCAUGUUUUUGACAGAGUGUGCACAGGCUAAUUGGGAGAGAGGCGAAUAGUGCGCCAAAAAUACCGUAUUGAGUAAACCAGUUGAACAACGCAAAUAAACAUUACUAGUGGUCUACUUGGAGGGGAUAAGCAUUGCACAUCCAUAGAGAAAUUCAAAUUUUUGCCAGUAUUUUAAAUCAUGGUUAUAAUGUGUAAUGUAGGGUGUAUUUAUUAUUACAAACUAGUUUCCGAAUUAAUUCGUCUAUUGGAGUUGAUAUGCACAUAAUUUGCAAAACAAAUCCACCGAUCACGAUACGGUAGGUUUCCAAAAUCUAAUUCUAGAGAAAAAAAAAUAGAACCUAAGUAACAUUGAAUGAUACUAACACUCUCGCUUUAGAAAAUACUAGUUACUACUUUAACGAUCGUUAGAGAACCGAUAACUGGAUAAUACUGAGGUUGUGAAAAACUGCGCGGAAUCUUGACUUGUACUGUACUGUCAGUGGAACCGUCAUCGUCAAAUUAAGCGCUGCGCUCGGUUGCGUCGCUGCAGGGAGGGGAGCGGGAACAGAAGGUGUUUAUUGAUAUUGACAACACAAGUCUGAUGGAUAAAAUUAGGUUUGUUCCAGAACUCACUUCAUGCUCCAGAGCAAAAAACUUACUCCUUUUUAUUUCCAGCAAAAAGAGAAGAGCUGAAUACAGAAGCGACUUUCUCUCUGUAUGCUCCGGAGUACUUCUGGAACAAACCUAUUGUUUCAUGCAAUUCAUGGAUCAGAUGGACAUGUCUUCGAAGCAACGGAAGCGAACCGACACUGACGUAUGUGCACAAGAAUCCCUUCGGAAUCGUCUCCUGGGGCCACCUGUGUUAACCGAUACUGACGAGCGGCUGUAUAAAUGCGAGAUAUGUGGCAAAGGAUUCGUUCAAAAGUGUCUGCUUGAGCGACAUAUGUUAACUCACACUGGCGAGUGGUUGCACAAAUGUGAUAUUUGUGGCAAACCAUUUAAUGAGGAGAAUAUUUUGAACAGGCACAGAAAAAUUCACAGUGAUGAACGACCGCAUAAAUGCGAGGUAUGUGGCAAAGGAUUCAUUCAGAAGAAACACCUGAAGCAACAUGUGAUAACACACACUGGCGAGCGGCCGUACAAAUGUCACAUGUGUGACAAAUCAUUUGCCCGUCAGGAUAUCUUAACUGUGCACAGAAAGAUACACAGUAAUGAACGACCACAUAAAUGCGAGAUAUGUGGAAAAGGAUUCAUUCGAAAGUAUCAGUUUGAGCAACAUAUGCUGACUCACACUAGCCAGUGGCCGUACAAAUGCGAGAUAUGUAGUAAAGGAUUCGUUCAGAAGUGUUUGCUUGAGCGUCAUAUGUUAACCCACACUGGCGAACGGCCGUUUAAAUGUAAUAUCUGUGGCGAAUCAUUUUAUGAGAAGAGUUACUUAAAGCUACAUGUGGUAGCUCACACUGGCGAUUGGCCGUAUAAAUGUGAUAUAUGUAGAAAAUCAUUUAACCGUCAGAGUACCUUAACUUUGCACAGAAAGUUGCACAGUAAUGAACGACCGCAUAAAUGCGAGAUAUGUGACAAAGGUUUCCUUCAGAAGCAUCAGCUUGAGCAACAUGUGGUAUCUCACACUGGCGAGCGGCAGUACAAAUGUGAUGUAUGUGGCAAAUCAUUUACCCAUCAGAGUAUCUUAACUGUGCACAGAAAGAUGCAUAGUAAUGAACGACCACAUAAAUGCGAGAUAUGUGGCAAAGAAUUCAUUCAGAAGAUUCACCUGAACCAACAUGUGGUAACUCACACUGGCGAGCGGCAGUACAAAUGUGGUGUAUGUGGCAAAUCAUUUACCCAUCAGAGUGUCUUAACUGUGCACAGAAAGAUGCACAGUAAUGAACGACCACAUAAAUGCGAGAUAUGUGGCAAAGAAUUCAUUCAGAAGAUUCACCUGAAGCAACAUGUGGUAACUCACAAUGGCGAGUUGCCGUUCAAAUGCGUGAUAUGUAGCAAAGGAUUCGUUCAGAAGAGUCCGCUUGAGCGACAUAUGUUAACUCACACUGGCGAGCGGCUAUACAAAUGCGAUAUAUGUGACAAAUCAUUUACGCAUCAGAGUGCCUUAACUUCGCACAAAAAGAUGCACACUAAUGAAUGAACGCAUAAAUGCGAGAUAUGCGACAAAGGAUUCAUUCUGAAGUAUCUGCUUGAGCAACAUGUGAUAACUCACACUGGGUGAACAAUUGUUUGAACAGGCACAGAAAUAUUCACAUUAACGGUCACAUAAUGGAGAGUUAUGUGGCAAAGAAUUCUUUCUGCAACGACAUUUCCUAAUCCAAACUUGUGAGCGGCAUGUGCAUAUCAACAUGUGAGGAAAGUGGCAAAACAUAUACGUGCAAAAAAUUAAUUGAAUUGCUCACUUCCCCCUAACUCCGCACUUUUACAGUGUGAGUGAUCAAACUGCUACUGAAAACAGCGAGCUGUCAAAAUACAUGUAUUUCAAGUGAUAGAGAUGGUACUCGCAUAGACAGGCCGGUCGAACCAACCAGUCUAUGAGAAGAGUUUAUUAGAAGAAUGUUAAGUGCGCAGUAUGGCUCGAAUCCAGUUUUUGGUGCCACAAGCAAUAUGUAUAAUAAAAUGAAGGAUUGAAUUCAAUAAUAACAAUAUUAACCGGGAGACUAGUUUAUUUACUGUGUCAAGAAAAGUAUCACUCCUUUAUUAGUAAUUGUUGUGCUAGAAAUAAAUCGAAAUAUCAAUAUAUGACAGCGGGUUGAAGUUUGACACCGCAAUUUUAUGUUACGUUUAAAGAUUUUGUACUUAGUCUGUAAUAUUGUGUAGUAAAUGUAUAUAAUAAUAUUCGAAGGGUUGGUUUCGUGUAAGAAUGUGCAGUAGGCAUGUGCAUAUGGAUGUGUGACCCGUGGAGUU